AUGUUACCAAAAAUUCGUCGAGUUUCAUCAAUUUUACGCAAUAAUAAUAAUAAUAAUAAUAAUAACAAUGAAUCGUAUACAAAAAAUAAUAAAUUGAUAGAAUCAACUGACCGUCUAAGUAAUAAAAGUAGUAGUUCAAGUAGUAAAAGUACCGAGGAUGGAAACAAUGUUUAUAUUGAAACAUUAUUAUAUAUUGUACAUGUUGAUGAUAUUGAUUUACCAGUAUCAACAACUGAUGAAGUAACAGAAGAAAUGUAUGAUGGUGGUGAUGAACAACAAUCAACCUCAUCAAAUAAAAUAAUAAGACGUGUAUCAAAACGUACAACAGCAAGUUUUAAUGAACGUCAUCAAACAUCUAAAGUACCUAUAUAUACACGACCAUCAUUUACUUUUUCUAAUCCAUUACGACGUCUUAAUAGCUUACUCAAAACAACAGAAAACUCAUCAACACCAAAACUAAACAAUUUUCGAUUAUAUUCAUCACUAACGAAAAGAUCAUCAUCUUUUAUUAAUCAAUCUUGUUUACAAAGUCAAAUUAAUAAUAAUAAUAAGCACGAAAAAGCACUUCCUCUACCACCACCACCACCAUCACCAUCAUAUCUUUAUGAUAAUCCAAUAUCAAGUACAGAACAACGACCAACUAUUCAAGCUAAAGGUCCAGGUCUUACCGAUGGUUUUGUUAAUGAUAAUUGUCAUUUUGAAUUGGAUGCACCUCAUGCUGAAUUACAAAAACUUGUUAUUGCUGUUGAUGGCCCAUCAAAAGCUGAUAUUCAAAUUGAAAUUAUUGAUACAGGCAUCUAUCGAGUAUUUUAUAUAUGUCAAACACCUGGUAAUUAUCAUAUAUCAGUAACAUACGACGGUGAACAAAUCGAUGGUUCACCUUAUCAUUUACGUUUACGUGCUCAACCAUUACAAGAACAAGUCGUUCCACCUACUCUUCCACCUCCUAUUAAUCCACCUCAUGCUACUAUUGAACCUAGAGAAUUUUAUAUCAAUACCCCAUGUAUAGUUACUGUUCAUCCAGUUGUACCAAGUGCUGUUUUUCAAGCUUAUAUUCAAGCACCGCAGAAAAAUAUUAAUCUACCAAUUACAGUUCAUAAAUCAGCAAAAUCAGAAUGUUAUGAAAUAUAUUUUAUACCAAAUACAUGUGGAAAUCAUUGGCUUAAUGUUAGUCUUAAUCAUAUACCAAUAUUUGAUAAUCCACAUCGAUUAAUUGUACGAUCAUCUUCUUCUACAAAAUCAAUAAUUGCUAGCGGACAAGGUCUAUUCCAUGCGUACACAGGCGAAUCAAGUCAAUUCUUCGUAUCAAAAUCACCAAAUGAUCCAUCAUCAGAAACAGGAACGUUUUCUGUUGGUAUCAGUGGUCCAUCGACUGUUUUUCUUGAUGCUAAUGAAACUGAACAUGGUUACGAAUUUCAUUAUAAACCAAUGCGAAGUGGUAAAUAUAUUAUCACUAUAAAAAAUGGUGGAAAACAUAUUCAAGGCAGUCCAUUUAUAUGUCGUGUUUAUAAUAAACUCAAUGAAGGUCGUACAAUUUUAUCAACAAUGCAUGAAAAAGACAAUGAUAUUGGAAAUGAAACAACAACAGCUACUACAACACAAACAACAACAACAACAACAAGUCGUAAUUCAUUAAUACUUAAUCAAUCUGUUUUAAAUCCUAUUCGUUCAUCAAUAAGAUCAACAACUCAUGUUGAUCUUGAUAUUCUUCGUUCAUCAAUGAUUGGUGAUGCAUCACAAGUAUGUGUUUUUGGAACAGGUCUUUAUGAAACUAAACCACGACGAAAAACAACAUUUAAAAUUGAUGCUAGUCAAGCAGGUCCCGGUUUACUUUUAGUUGGUCUUUAUUCUUCUUUUGGACCAUGUGAACGUCUUGUUGUUAAACGUAUAAUGCCAUCAUCUCCAUCUUAUAUUUACAAAGUAUCUUAUCGAGUUCAAGUACGCGGUCAAUAUAUGUUAGUUAUUCUUUAUGGAUUGAAUAUGCAACAUGUGCCUGGAAGUCCUUAUCUUGUUACUGUUGAAUGA